AUGAGUCCCGUAUUGAACGUUGGCAUUGUCGGCACAGGAAUUUUCGCCAGGGAAACACACCUUCCUGCUUAUGAGCAUCUGCCACAAGAUUUCAAAGUCGUAGCUGCCUUCAACAGAACCAAAAGUAAGGCUGAGAAGUUUGCCGAGCAUGCUGGCAUUGCUGAAGACAAAGUCUACGACAGCCUGGACGAGAUGUUGGCGGACAAAACUAUCUCGUUCAUCGACGCUUUGCUGCCAGCGCAAUUCAAUGCCGAUACUGUCGAGAAAUGUAUAGCUGCCGGAAAACCGAUCAUUUUGGAAAAGCCAAUUGCUGCCACUAUCGACCAAGCAAGAAAAGUUGUGAAAUUGGCAGAGUCGACACCUAUACCAGUCGCCAUUGCCGAAAACUGGCUGUUUUUGAAUGCUGCAAAAGUUUUGAAAGAGCAAUUGGCAGAAAUUGGCCCCAUCACUGCUUUUACCUACAAUUCCACCGGUCCUUUUGUGAAAGAGAACAAAUACUUGGCUACAAGCUGGAGACAGAAGCCUGAACACAUCGGUGGGUUCUUGUCUGAUGGUGGGGUACACCAGCUGGCGCUCUUGACGGAGGUGCUCGGCGAAGUGAGCUCUUUGAGCGCAUUCACCAAACAAGUACGUAAGCAAUCUGGCACAGACGACGUUGUUUUUUCUACCAUGAAGAUGAAGACUUCUGAUGUGAUAGGUACCUUCACAUAUGGCUCAGCUUUUGGUCUUUGCGAAAAAUCGGUUUACUUUAAAAUCUACGGCUUAAACGGAGCGGUAACAUUGAACCUCUCGGACAAGAAAAAACCAUAUAUGACAAAAACUGUUGGCGAAUCUGCGGAAACGAAAUCUGAGGUACAGACCAUACCAUAUGAAGAAGAACCUUCGUUUGGCGUUCAUCAAGAGUUUUUAAACUUUCACGAGGCCGUCGCGAAAAAGGAAAAGGGACUUAUUAAAAGCUCCCCAAGGGUUGCAUUCCACCACUUGGCUUGUGUCGCUGCAUUUUUAGAAUCUUCUUCCAAAAACGGUGAUAACGUUGUGGUGGUACAACCCUGA